UAUGACGUAUGACAUUCCAGAACAUGUCACGACUUGAAAAUAAAUGCACAAAAAUCUAUAAAAUUGAUACGAUUGAAUGAAACGAAAUAAUCAUUACAAUCAAUGAAAUAAUACGUAUUUUUACGGGCUUGUUUUUAGAAGUGUAUAGUGUAUUAAAUAAAUAUUAGCAAUGGUAGUAGGAGCUUUCCCUAUUGCAAAAUUGUCUGUACUUUUGAUUAAACAGAUAAGUAAACCAAUCGCAAAUGUAUGUAAGGAGCGAGCCAAAAAUAGUCCUUUUUUCAGGACUUAUGUUUGCAUGCCUCCAGCUCAGUUUUACAACUGGUGUGAAGUAAAGGCCAAAAUGUGGAUUUUGAAUUUGGGCAAACCAGUAAACAUCCCGGUCCUUAGUCAGGAAAUGGCAAUAGAGCUUGGAGCAAAUCUUUUGGGAGAAACAGUGAUCUUUGUAAUAGGUGCAGGUUUAUUAAUUGUGGAGUAUAACAGGCAGAGUAAAAAAGAAACUGCUAAGGAAUUAAAGCGGGAAAAUGAAAUGAAACACAUCACUAGUACCAUCACAGAUUUGUAUUUCACAGUGCAACAGCAACAAACUCAACUCAGAGAAAUGGAAAGGGCCAUCCAUUCCUUAAGUGGAAGUAAAAAGCCAAUUCUACCACCAUUGCCUGCAGGACCUUCUCAGCCCCCUCCACAGUCACCUGCAACACCCAAUCUUCAAAAUAUGAAUAUAGCUCCUGUUGCAAGCCAUGAUAAUAGUCAAUUUACACACACACCCUAUCCUAACAGAGGAAUAAUUCUUCAAUCUCUGAACUACAUACAGAUGGAUGUAUUAAGUUCUUUAUUCCCUAGUAAUAAUGUAAAUAAAGAAAGGGCACCAGAAGAGAAAGCAGUUGUCCACCACAGGCGUGAUAAAGCAGUUCUCUCUGAAGCCUUGUAUGAUAUUGAAAAUAAUUUUAGGAGUUUGUUUUAAUCAAGGAUCAAUAUUUUGCAUAUUAUGUGUAAAUAUGCACUUGUAGAAAACUUUACUGCCAAUGAACUUAUGAUUGUCUUGAAUUUCAUUAAUGGUAAUUUCUGAAGAUACAAUUGACAAUUUGCUGGUAGUACCUUUAAUGAAUUAUCAAAAUUUUGUCCAAAUAAAUAUUACACAUUGUCUGCAUAACAUGAGGGGCUUGUAGUGAAAAAGAUUGUUUAUAUUUAUGUGUGCAGUCGUAAAAACAAACAUGUUUGUCCCUCUCACAAUCUCGAAUCAUCUCACAAUGAUUUUAAAAUAACAGAUUUAUCUCAUUAUUGAGGUGGAGUCAUAUAAGCAUGCUUUUCAAUUCGAAAAUUGUUUUUUGAUACCAAUUUCAUUAAUACAAGUGUCAUGAUAUUGAAAAAAAAACAUUCAUCUACUUAGCUGAGUUAGUAGUAUGAAAAGGAAUAGCAGUAACAAUUUGUAUUAUAUGUUCAAUCCAGUGUAGUAAAGCUGUUCUGGUGAAACUAAUUUUUAGGAGAUUCUUUAUUGUAAUGAUUGUAAAUAAACUAUUAUUAUUUCUGUAUGGAUUGUUUUGCUAAUAAACUUUACUUUGCUGUUACA